CGGAACCGUCCCUGCCCCGGAAGUAGUUGUUUACGGGCCCUGUAGGCCAGUCAGGGAGAGUCCAGGGGUGCGGUAGCCAUGUUCCUUUCCGCGGUCGCCCUUGCCAAGAGCAAGUCAAAAACUCUUCUGGUGAAAAUGGUGAGCCAAGCCGGGACAGGUAUUACUUUCAACGCCAGGAGAGGCCGACUUCGGGAGAAACUGACUCUUCUGCAUUAUGAUCCAAUUGUGAAAAAAAAAGUCCUCUUCAUGGAACAGAAAAAAAUACGCUCUCUUUAACAAUGGAUUGAAAAUGAAUUUGACUUAUAAAUGAAAAGAUUGAGGGCGGGAUUCUGAAUCAGAAACCCCAUGGCCUCUAAUAAAAGAAGAGGAAAGGCCCGGCAUGGACUGCCUCCUGUGGUUUGAAGGCCAUUGUGAAAGAGAACAAUGUGGUGAAAGAGAACAAUGUGGUGAAAGAGAACAAUGUGGUGAAAGAAAGGCCUUCCAUGAGGAGGAGGAGUGUCAUUGUGUUACAUUUAUUUAUCUUUCUGGAUAUUUUUACAACCUUUAAUAAAUAGCCUGUGCUAUUA